GACCACGAUGGGCAUUCUGUGGCAUGUUGGAUUGUUUUGGGCCAUUCAGGAACUCCCGGAAGUCCUGGCCUGGAUAUUUUCCUGAUCAACGCAUAAAUGUCCCAUUAGAAUUAGCAUUCGCAUUUUAGGACGAGUUCCUGGAUGUCUCAACAUAAUCUAACAUGUCACAAAUUGUCCAUCGUGGGCCACUGAAGCUACCUGCAGGAAUACCGAUGGAUAAUAUAGCCAUGUAGACCUCCUUUGAUCAAUUAGAUAUCCAGGUCAUGACUUCCGGGAGUUCCUGGAUGACCCAAAACAAUCCAACAUGCCGCAGAGUGACCAUCGUGGUCCACUGAAGCUACCUAAAGCUAUACCGUUGGUCAAUAUAUCCAUACAGACCCCCGUUGAUCAGGCAGAUAUCCAGGCCAUGACUUCCGGUAGUUCCUGGAUGACCGGGAGUUCCUGGAUGAUCUAAAACAAUCCAGCAUGUCGCAGAGUGUCCAUCGUGGUCCACUGAAGCUAUCUGAAGCUACACCGAUGGUUGAUAUAACCAUACAGACCCCCGUUGAUCAGGUAGAUAUCCAGGCCAUGACUUCCGGGAGUUCCUGGAUGACCCAAAACAAUCCAACAUGCCGCAGAGUGUCCAUCGUGGUCCACUGAAGCUACCUAAAGCUAUACCGUUGGUUAAUAUAUCCAUACAUACCCCCGUUGAUCAGGUAGAGAUCCAUGCCAUGACUUCCGAGAGUUCCUGGAUGACCUAGAACAAUCCUACAUGCCGCAGAGUGUCCAUCGUGGUCCACUGAAGCUAUCUGAAGCUACACCGAUGGUUGAUAUAACCAUACAGACCCCCGUUGAUCAGGUAGAUAUCCUGGCCAUGACUUGCGGGUGUUCCUGGAUGACCCAAAACAAUCCAACAUGCCGCAGAGAGUCCAUCGUGGCUCACUGAAGCUACCUGAAGCUAUACCGAUGGAUAAUAUAGCCAUGUAGACCUCCUUUGAUCAAUUAGAUAUCCAGGUCAUGACUUCCGGGAGUUCCUGGAUGACCCAAAACAAUCCAACAUGCCGCAGAGUGUCCAUCGUGGUCCGCUGAAGCUACCUGAAGCUAUACCGAUGGUUAAUAUAGCCAUAUAGACUCCCGUUGAUCAGGUAGAUAUCCAGGCCAUGACUUCCGGGAGUUCCUGGAUGACCUCGUACAUUCUAACAGAUCGCAGAGAGUAUACCGAACCUACUGAUGGUAAAAAACCCUGAUUGUGGUCACCGUUGAACAGGAAUAUAUGACCAUAAUGGUUAAGACUUCCGACAGUUUAAAAUCGGACCGCGUUAUUUUGAAUUUUUCGCGUAAAUUGAGUUCGCGUUAUUUUGAAUUCUUCGCGUAAAAAAAACCGCGUAAAAAAAAUUUCGCGCAAAAGGAGGUCGCGUAAAAAGAGGAAACCGGCAUACACGGAUUCAGACGAUGUUAUGACCAGAUUGUAAUAUGCUGUCGUAACUUUAUUCAGCAAAAGCGGAGUGCUUAAAAAUCUGACAGAGAUCGUGAAACUGAUUAGCUCCGAUGAUGAAACUGGUUAUAUGAGUCACGGUAAAAGCCACUAGUACUGCUCAGUGUUAAAAGUAUUUUCAAGCUGUCUAGUCGCUCCUCACCAAAGAUGAAGAUUCUUUUCGUCUGUUUAGCCAACACGUGCCGCUCGCCGAUGGCGGAAGCCGUGAUGCGGCACCUGCUGGCCAAAGAGCCGGCCCUCGGCUGGACCGUGGACAGUGCGGCCAUCGCCGACUGGAACGUAGGUGGGUUGCCGAACGCGCGCUCGCUCGAGGUGCUCCGGGGAAACGGACUCAAGUCGCGGCACAUUUCGCGGCAAAUUCGGCGCGAAGAUUUCUACGAGUUUGACUUUAUUCUGGGCAUGGACGAGAGCAACCUGUACGAUUUGCGGAAGCUGGCGCCGGAGGAUUGUAGGGCGAGGAUUGAAUUGUUGGGGAAGUACCGGAUGGAGGAGGCGGACAGGAUUAUUGUGGAUCCGUACUUUGAAAAAGGAAUUCGUGGCUUCAAACGAUGCUACAAUCAGAUUGUAGUUUGCUGUCGAAAUUUUAUAGAGCAAAACAGAACAGCGUGCUCUGGCCAGGAUGAUUCAAACUACUUUGGAGUGUUGUGUCCGGAUUAGAAGAUCUAAAUUCUAGUUAUCUUAAAGUUACAAAAUAUAGUUAUUGUUGGUGAUCACAAUAGAUUUAAUCAUGUUACAAAUGUAUUUAAUUUAUAUUUACAAUCAAAUUGAACAUUUUGAUGAUCUUCUUAAUAAAUAAUCAAGACCUGUGAAAACAU